AUGGCCAGCGUUGGUACUCUCGCCUUUGAUGAGUUCGGCAGGCCAUUCUUUAUUCUCAAGGACCAGGACAAGCAGAAGCGUAUGGUCGGCAAUGAAGCUAUCAAGAGUCAUAUCUUGGCGGGCAUGAGCGUCUCCAAGACACUGCGGACAUCGCUCGGUCCAAAGGGGCUUGAUAAGAUCAUGAUCUCCCCUGAUGGUGACGUGACAAUCACCAACGACGGUGCGACCAUUCUGAAGAUGAUGGACAUGGAACAUCAGAUUGCAAAGCUGCUCGUGCAGCUGUCCCAGUCGCAGGACGAUGAAAUCGGUGAUGGAACCACCGGUGUUGUGGUUUUGGCCGGUGCUUUGCUCGAACAAGCUGAACAACUGCUUGACAAGGGCAUCCACCCUAUCCGAAUUGCCGAUGGCUUUGAGAUGGCAGCUCGUCACGCAAUGGAGCAUCUCAACAAGAUCAGCGAAAGCUUUCCCAUUGCCAAGGACAACUUGGAGCCACUGAUUCAAACGGCUAUGACAACUUUGAACUCAAAGAUCGUCAACCGCUGUCUUCGUCAGUUUGCCGAGAUCGCUGUGAACGCCGUCAUUUCGGUUGCCGAUCUGGAUCGAAAGGACGUGUCGUUUGAGCUGAUCAAGGUCGAGGGAAAGACUGGCGGCAAGCUGGAGGACACCCUCUUGGUGAAAGGUGUGAUUGUCGACAAGAACUUCAGUCACCCGCAGAUGCCUACUGAGCUGAAGAACGUCAAGUUGGCCAUUCUGACCUGCCCGUUUGAGCCCCCGAAGCCAAAGACCAAGCACAAGCUGGACAUUACCUCGGUGGAGGACUAUCGCCAGCUGCGAAAGUACGAGAUUGAAAAGUUUGAAGGAAUCGUGAAUAAGGUGAAGGAAGCCGGUGCCAAUUUAGUCAUCUGCCAGUGGGGCUUUGACGAUGAGGCCAAUCAUCUGCUGCUGCAGAAGGAGCUGCCCGCCGUCCGAUGGGUCGGUGGUCCGGAGAUUGAGCUGAUUGCAAUUGCCACUGGUGGCCGCAUUGUGCCUCGCUUUGAAGAGCUAACACCCGAGAAGCUCGGCAAAGCCGGCAUAGUACGCGAGCUGUCUUUCGGAACGACUCGCGAGAAGAUGCUUGUGAUUGAAGAGUGUGAGAACACCAAGGCUGUGACUAUCUUCAUUCGCGGCGGCAACAAAAUGAUCGUCGAGGAGGCGAAGCGCAGCUUGAAUGAUGCCAUUUGCGUCGUCCGAAACCUGAUCAAGGAUAACCGCAUCGUCUAUGGCGGCGGUGCCUCUGAGAUCUCCUGCGCUCUGGCCGUCUCUGAGGAGGCUGACAAGAUCACCUCCCUGGAACAGUACGCCUUCCGUGCUUUCGCUGAUGCUCUGGAGUCGAUUCCACUGGCUCUGGCUGAGAACAGUGGUCUCUCGCCCAUUGAAACAGUGGCUGAAGUGAAGGCUCGCCAGCUGAAGGAAUCCAAACCCCAUCUGGGCAUUGACUGUAUGCUUAAGGGAACCAAUGACAUGAAGGCGCAGAAUGUUAUUGAGACUCUGAACAGCAAGAAGCAGCAGCUCAGUCUGGCGACUCAACUCGUCAAAAUGAUACUUAAGAUUGAUGACAUCCGAUCAUCAGAAGGCUCUGGCAUGUACUAA